ACGACUUUGAUGACCUUUCUCCUGUGAGUAUACGUCUGCAGACAACUUAAUGCUUGAACUUUGUCUAACUGUGAUAGUCGCACUUCUCCCGAUAUCAGAUCCGUCCAGCUUUUAGGAUCGUGGGAUAAUUUCUCUAAGCCUUAUGCCAUGGAACAUGAUAAACGAAUCGGCGCCGGACACUGGAGAGGCUGCCACACAUUUACCAAUAUUAUCUGCGAUGGUUCAAGGAGCAGUCCGUCUGCGGGACGAUCUGGUGGCCUGAAAAUGGGAGGAACAUACUGGUAUUAUUAUGUGUUGGACAACGACGAGGAGUUCUAUAAUGAGGCAGAGCCAGUGACAACUUCGUGUCCUUUCCUUCCCGGACAGCCAGUGAAUGUCCUCAACGUCCCCGUCAUCCUUCCCGACACGCAGACGAGACAUAAGCGAGACAGCAGUGUCAGUCCCUGGCUGUCAGAUCAACGAACAAUGAACCCCGAAGACAAGUACAUGAACCCCAGGACUCCUCCCAAGCCCGAGCUCCCUCGGCUGAGAACCUCCCCUCCGCUACCCCAAGGGGACUUGUCAAUAUGGUCUUCACUCCUCACAUUACCACUACAUGCCGUUGUCCACAGGAGCGCUUCCCAGCCGGCAAGCGUCUCUUCGACCCCCGACCUCUGCGCUUCGAAGGAACCGGCCAGGAAAGAAGCCCGGUCUGUGUCCCCUUCAAAAUCUAGAGGACUUAAAGAUGCAUUUCGAAACUGGACGCCGCAGCGAUCCGCGUCUCCUCAUGCUGAAGAGAGCAGGGGUCGCCCAGCGGCCAGGUGGGAGAAUAACCGACAUUGUGCUGACGAGCAGUGGCUUCUGGUUCCGGAAACUGGUUACUGUUCCUCUGAUUCUAACUCAAGGCAGGCCUCGCCUGCGAACAAAGGAGUUGAUUCCCCGGGAACACUUCACUUCCGGCGCCAUCACUUUGACACGAACGACGGUCAAGCUUCACUGUCUAUCCAGGAUCGUCGGUCUGCAAAAUUCAUUUCCAGAGAUUCAUCACCGUUUGGGAACCACUUGACAGUUAAUACGCCCAGAAAAUACGCCCCCCAUUGCGACUAUGUAGAGCUUGAAGAUACCUCCUACCGCUGUCAUUCUCCAUUCCCAGCUUCAAUUGGCAGAACACCUCGAGCAACGGACGAAACUCCUACCCCACGAGCAUAUAAUAAUGCCGACGAGAAAAGAUUGCCUACUCUGCCAAAUUCCCCCUCGUCGGUUAUGGACGAGGCCUUGCAUGCCCUCGAUUCAGAAAAUGCAACGCUGGACAUGGAUGUUUUGCAGAGCCAUUUCUCCGACUGGACCUCAGCGGACGAGUCUUGUGCUGAGGAUCUCCCCGUGAGCCGAUUCUCGGCAUGGAGCACGGAUGACGAAACCGAGAUGGUUUCCCCCGCAUCAAUGACGUCCUCAUCGACCUUCAACAAUGAUAAGCGUAAUUCACCGACUUUAAGUGGCGUCUCGAGCGGGCUGGGGGUGUCUAACAGCCGGAGCCACGCUUUGUUUCACGGGCCGGUGACCCCUACUUUAGAUGCAAUCCCCGAGUGUUCCACAACCACCACGAUCGUGGAUAGCUCUCCAGCUUUACCAUUCUCGUCAGGACUGCCGCCUCUUCUCAUCACUCCAGAUGAUCUGAGGAUAUCCGGGUUGUGUAUUUCUACCCCGAAAGAGCCCGAUUGCACACUUAAGCGACACGCCGGGAUCUUUGACAGCUUCGGGCCGAGGGAUGACAUCCCUCAAGCACCAGACAGCGCCUCAUCAGCGGGCACUAUAUUCCCAGAACAAAGAAACGACACCGAGAACUGCGGCAUGAAAACUGAUAAGGACGAUGACAGGUUAGGGCGAUUCAACGACUCUGCUCUAUCUCGCUCCUCCGUCAUGCAGGAAUUAAUGGAUGAACUGAGUUACUUAGGGGACGUGAUCCAGGUGGAGGCAGAUAAUGUUUGCUAGGCGUUGUGAUAACUGGAUGGCAUUUGCGCCGCGGAGCUAGCGUGUGUUUUUGUUUUCAUGUUUCAAUGUACCGAAAAGGCCGGGAGUUACAGUUAUGCCCAUGUACAGUAAUAAGAAUAGAAUAGAUAGCAUCUCGUUGCUCGACAUCAUGGAUCCAUCUAAUGAAC